AUGGCGCAAGAGGCGUGCGGCCACGCUUGGCUUGAGAAGUGCAAGAUCUCGAAACUCGGCUCGUACUUGCGUGCCGAAGCGGACGAGGUCUUUCACGGCUUCAGAUACAAGUGGUGGUCGACGGAGAAGACGCUCGCCUACGCGAUGGAAGACAUGGAGAGCGCAUUCUCUCGGACUUUUACCAGCGCGCAAGUGGAUGAGUUCUUUGGCCGGCGCAAGCCAGCGACCGAGUCGUGGCACAGCCAAUAUCUGUACUUGAUGGCGGUCAGGAACGCGACAGGAGCAUCGGCAUCGCCCGUUCCCUAA